AUGGCCGACGGGAAACGUCCCAGGAGCAGCCUGAGCCAGACCAGCAGCGUCCUCACCAUCUCCUCCGUCAGCCUGGGGGCCGCCAAGCCGUCGCGCUCCCUGCGGAGGGUUCACACCUUCGGGAAAAGGGAAAAUUCCAUCAAGCGGGACCCCAACGCCCCCGUCGUCAUUCGGGGCUGGCUCUGCAAACAGGACAGCUCCGGCCUGAAGCUGUGGAAGCGACGCUGGUUUGUGCUGGCCGAUUACUGCCUCUUCUACUACCGAGACAGCAGGGAGGAGGCGGUUUUGGGGAGCAUCCCGCUCCCCAGCUACGAGAUCCGGCCCCUGCCCGGGGAGGGGAAGAGCCGAAGAUUCACAUUCAAGGCCGAGCACCGGGGGAUGCGGACGUACCACUUCAGCGCGGACACCCAGGAGGACAUGAACGGCUGGAUCCGAGCCAUGAGCCAGUCCGCUGCGGCCGAGAGUGAUCCCAGCACCAUCAGCAGCCGGCCCCCCCAGCUGCUCAGCCGGCCGGUGCCCCCCCAGGCCCGUCUCUUCAAGGACGUCUGGCCGCUCACGCCCGACCUGGGUCUCACCAAAAGCGUCGAGUCGUUGGAAAUCGCCCGGCUCUCGGGGCCCCACUCGUCUGCAGAGAGUCUGUCUGCGACGGGCCGGGGGGCACAGGGCGAGGGGGGACCCCUGCCCAGCGGCCCUGCCCCACCCCCCAGUCCGACUCCCGCCGACCGCUACGACGUGCGGCCCUCCGAGGAGCCCUGUGCCCGGCCCCCUGGGCGCUACCCCCGCAGCCCCCACCCCAGCCACUGCCUGGCGCGGCCCGGGACCCCGGCGGAGGAGAGCCCCCCGCAGACGGCCACACUAGGACCUGCCCUGGGGAGACAGCUCCGGAGCCGGUUCACAGACCGGGUGUACCCCUCCCUGGGGGCCGCCCCACCCCGUGCCCGUCUCCACGGACGAUUGAUCUCCCCACAUUCGGCCUCCUCCAGCUACCUCCACCUGCCCCCACUGCCCCCGCUCGCCAGCCGCCCCCCGGGGAAGAGGACCUCACUGGGAGCUCCGCCCUGGACCAUGGCCCCUCUGUCCCGGGACAGGACCCUGCUGGCGCCGCCCAGGGCUGAAAGUGACACCGAUAUUCUCCUGACUAAACUCUGCGGCCAGGACAAGCUGCUUCGGGGGCUGGAGGAGGAGACGGGGCAGCUGCGGGCUGAGAAGGAGAGGCUGGAGAAGGCCCUGGAGCUGGUCCGGCACCAGCUGGAUGAAUGCCAAGGCCCGGAGCUGGCGGAGGAGAAAAUCUGGUACCAGCAGAGGCAGCUGCAGGACGAGCUGGUGCAAGUCAGAGCCCGGCUCUGCGACCUGGCGCUGGACAGCGAGAGGGCUUGGGGAGAUUUCGCCGCCCUAGAAAAUGAGCUGCUGACACUGCGGGAAACGCUGGCUCAGAUCCGACAGCUCGGGCACCCCCAGGAGCAGGGGGCCGCCCAGCAGGAGCUGUGGAUGAUCGAUGACAUCAUUGCGGGGUUGGGAGCCAGCCCUGCCCCCUACCCCACCCUGGACCCCAGGACAAGUCCAGGCUUCUCUCUGGCUGCCUCCCCCAUUCUGGAGCAUGGAGGGGGCUCAGCCCGGAGCCACCUGCCCCUCCUGGGGCCAGAUGGGGGAGACCAGCACCACCAGCUGCCCCUCAGGGCCGUGCCAGCUGGCGGCCUGGAAGAGGGCCGAACAAUGAGGGGAGAUGCCUGGGGCUCACAGCCCCCUCAGAGCCCCUCUAGAAGAGGGGCCGGGUCCCCCGAGCUGGACGGAGGGCGCCCCCUGCAGGAGACGGAUGUUGCGGCACCAGGUCUCAGCUCGCCUCCGGCCGCCCCCCACCUGCCCCGGAGCCCCAGCCCAGGCCCCCAUGAGCCCCGAGAGCAGAGAACCGAGGAGCUGCCAGCCAAGGUGAUCACAACGGACCCCCCUGGUCCCCACCGGGCCCGGAUGAGCGUCCAGGAGCAGCUGGAGCGGAUGCGCCGGCACCAGGAAGGCCAGAGGCAGCAGGAGGGGGGCAGGCCGAACCCCUGGGGCUCCCGGCAGGGCUCUGUCCGGGCCAGGGCCAGCGCCAGCCGGCUCCCUCUUCGGACUCACUCCCCCGACCUCGGGCCAGAGCCAGCCCAGACCCACAUGGAGCCACCGCCGAGGGGGGGCCAGACCGGGGGGCCCUGGGGCCAGUCUCCCCCACCCCUCAAGAGAGACCGUCACCGGGUCAUCACCCUGGCAUACGCGCUAGCCACCGAGGCCUCCGAGCGCAGGAAACUCAUCACAGGGAAGACCCCGCCUGAGCCCCAGUUGGCGGCCAAUCCAGACCCUUCCCCAGAGCCGCUGGAUGCAGUGACCAAUCAGCACAUGCUGUUUACUCCCGCACUCCCCCGGGGGCACCCAGAGGCCAAUCACGUCGAGGCGGAACCGUGUGGCCCAGCCAAUCGGAACACAGCAUUUAGCGCCAAUUCAGUGCAGCGGACGGGAGCGGCCAAUCAGGCGUCGUCUCGAUUUCAAGCGGCCAAUUGGGCCUUGCCUGUUCCCGAGCUUUCCAAUUGGUUUUCACCCUUGCCUGAAGCAGCCAAUCAGGCAGCAUGUCUGUCAGAGGCAGCCAAUCGAGCAUCGCCCCUGUCCGAGGGGUCUCAGUGGGCACCCCCUUUGCCCACAUUGGCCAAUCAGACGUCGACUGCACACAAGGCGUCCAAUCGGGCGUCGCCUCCGUUCUGGGCCGCCCAAAAGGAAUGUGGGGAUUGGGCGCCGGAGCAAAGGAUUGUGGGUAACAAGGACGUGGCCAAUGGGGGGUGUCGGGGGCAGGGCGGGCGUGCCGUGCCCAGGCAGGUGGUGGCAUACUUAGGCGAGGGGAGCCAGCCAAUCAGGAUCACCCUACUGCAGUCCAGCUUCUAA